AUGGUUUGGAACAAACUCAUUAUGGCCAAGCAUAGAUUUAUCUAUUGGCAGUUUUUUAACUCUCAGUUUCUGACCAGAGAUCACUUGAGCCGAUUCAUCUCCAUCAUAUCCUCCCUUUGCCCAGUUUGUGACCUGGCUUUAGAAUCACAUAGUCACCUCUUCUUGGACUGUCUCUUUUCCCGAAGGCUGUUUGGGGAAAUUAGCAGCUGGCUUGGGAUCUUUAAGUGGCCGUCUUCUCAGGUGGAGCUCCAGGAAUGGUGCUUUUCGGCUACAAGAGACUUGAAGCACCAGAUUCUCAAUGUUUUUUAUGCAGCUGCUUUGUACUUCAUUUGGAAAAACAGAAACAAUUGCAUUUUUGAAUUAGCUUGUUAUAACAUCAGUAGUGUUAGCUCUGAAAUUAGGAAAGUUGUUAAAUGUAGAAUAUUGGGUUUGGGUCUUCAUAGAGUUAGCAAAAUGGACAGUUAUUUGAUCAAUAUUGUAGAGGGCUGGUAG